AUGAUGGCGACUAUGCCCCCUCCACCGCCGAAGUUCGAUCCUCUCGAUCAUUUAGACGCAUCGUUGGGCGACUUCGAACCGACGACUCCGCCCCCCAACCAACAGAAGAAGGCGCCCUUGUUCGGCUACCCAUCGCACCACUCGGGGUUCAGGUCCGAGACGGACGCAGAGAGCGACCUGGGCCCGGACCCCGAAAACUCAGUCUCCGUCGGUGGCUACAGUCCUCCGGCCUGGCGCCGCCUCGGAAACGGGAGCCGCGACAGCGGUUUCUGGCGGAGGAGUGAAGACGUCCUGGGCGCCUUUCCGCCCCCGAACCGGACCUUGUUCGGCCACAGGUCCAGGGAGUCGAGUCCGGAGUACGACAGUACCGACGACGAGGAAGAUGAUGUGCUGCGCCGCGCUAUUCGUACGCGGUUGCCAACAGGGAGCAAGAGCCCCGAUAAGGGGCGCUCACCGAGCCCUGAGCCCAAGAUAGAUAAUGCGACAAUCAAGCUGGAUGAGAUCCCGUGGAAGGAAACGAGCCCUUCGGAAGGCACUUUGAACCAAGAUAACUACAUCCGAUUCGCAUUGCGCGCAGAAGUCCAGCAGCGCACAGAACCUAUCGAGGCCGUCGUUGAGUUAUUCCGCUCAAAAUGGCGCCUCAUUACUCACUCAUGGUCAUCCACUAUCCUCUCCAUCCUCAUCGCCAUGCUUGCCUUCAGCGCGACCCGUAAUCUCUUCCAGCCCGCCAUGCAACAACCUGUGCCCGAUCUAGUGAAAGUCGCCGGCAUCGCGCGCUCAUUUGAGCCGCUCAUCUAUUUUUCCGAGAACGGCGCAUCGCAGGUGGGCGACCUACAAGCUACAGGCGUCGCUGUGUGGGACCUCGGUGAGAGUGUGCGCUCAAGCAACAUGACCUCAGCGCCCAUUAUCGUGAAGGAGCUUGAUGAACUUAGCGAUAGCCUCAAGACGCUAGCCAUUGAGCUUACAAAGUUCUUCGCCAACGUUGAUGGCGACAUUGAUGGCAUCCUUAUCGUUAUGGAUUGGGCGCGCAGGGAACUCUCUCACGUCCAACAUCUCCCAUCUUCCCCGUUCACGGCCGCUUUUGACAACAUUCACAACAUCCUCGCCCAAACAGGCGUUCUAGAGGAUCCCGUCGGCGUCCCGACCCGUCUCGGCUCGCUGUCCACACACAUUUUUGGCAUGUCUAACCCGCAGCGCACCCGCCUCACCCUCCAGCGCACCUUUAACGAGUUUCUCACUGUGCUCGAGGAUGCCAUCAACUCCGAGCUGCAGCACUCAUUGGCACUCUUCGCGCUGUUUGAGGCCAUUGAUCACCAGUUCCUAAAUCUAGCCCGCACCGUUGUCCGCGAGGCCUCCGCCCAGGACGAUCAACAUGCUGACCUUUUAUCAUCACUCUGGACGCGCAUUCUGGGACCGAAUGCGGCUGAAGUGGCCAAGUACGAGCGUAACCGCCUCUUGCUGCAGAAUGUCAGAGAGAAGACGGUUCGCAACAAGAGCAUCCUCGUCGAGCACAACGGCAAGCUCAUGGCGCUCAAGGCGAACCUCGAAAACCUAAGGCGGAAGCUCGUCAGUCCGCUGGUCCGGUCCGUCAACUCCAGUACCUUGACUUUGGAGGACCAGAUCCGCGGCUUGGAGGACGUGGGAGGGUACCUCGAGGGCGUCCGGACGCGCCAAAAAGGCAAGUUGAUGGAGAUGCUGUACGGGAGUGUGGGGAACACCCGCCGACUUCUCGACGAGCGGACCUACGACCGUACAGCAUGA